AUGGAUGUGAAAGACCGAAAGCCAUACCGUUCUUUGACCAAACGUUGCGAUGCUGAACGGCGCUAUACCAGCUCCUCCGCGGAGAGCGAGGACAGCAAAAUCCCGCAGAAAUCGUACAGUUCCAGCGAGACCCUGAAAGCCUAUGACCAGGAUUCCAGAAUGAUCUACGGCAGUCGGGUUAAAGACAUGGUACCCCAAGAAGCAGAUGAGUACUGUCGAACAGGAACCAACUUUUCUUUACAAGAACUGGGCUUUGAAGAUGUCUCUCCACCCCAUGGGACUUUAUAUCGGACUGACUUAGGGCUGCCCCACGGCAGCUACUCCAUCAGCGCUGGCUCCGACGCCGAUACGGAAAUGGACGCCAUCAUGUCGCCAGAACACCCGGUGCGAUUGUGGGCACGCAGCACCAAGUCCGGGCGUAGUUCCUGUUUGUCCAGCAGGGCCAACUCCAACCUUACCUUGACCGACACAGAACACGACAACACAGAAACAGAUCAUCCAAACCUUUCGAACCCCUCCAGGCUCCGGACCCCUCCGCCUCCUCUCUCUCACGCCCACACGCCAAACCAACACCACGCCGCGUCCAUCAACUCUUUAAACCGAGGGAACUACACACCACGCAGUAAUCCCAGCCCUGCACCUACAGACCAUUCACUCUCUGGAGAACAUCAGGCGGGGAAUCAAGAACCUACACAUGCUCAGGACAACUGGUUACUAAACAGUAACAUCCCGCUGGAGACCAGAAACAUACCAAAGCAGACAUUCCUAGAGACAUUACAGGACAACUUCAUUGAGAUGGACAUUCUUACCGCUUCCCGACAUGACGGUGCUUACAGUGAUGGGCACUUCCUGUUCAAACCUGGAGGAACGUCUCCACUCUAUUGUACCACCUCGCCAGGGUACCCCUUGACAUCCAGCACGGUCUACUCGCCACCCCCUCGUCCCCUGCCCAGAAGCACCUUUUCCAGGCCCGCCUUUAACCUGAAGAAGCCAUACAAGUAUUGUACCUGGAAAUGUGCCGCUUUUAGCGCUAUCCUCAUCUCCAUCACGCUGGUGGUGCUGCUGGCCUAUUUCGUAGCCAUGCACCUGUUUGGCCUAAACUGGCACCUGCAGCCGAUGGAAGGGCAGAUGUUUGAGAUCACGGAAGACACAGCUGGCAGUUGGCCUAUGCCAACAGACAUCUCCUUGUAUUCCUCAGGGGGCACAGGGUUAGAGUUACCUGAGAGGAAAGGCAAAGGAGCCGGCGAAGGAAAGUCCAGUACUUUUUUUCCCGAAGACAGUUUUAUAGAAACCGGGGAGAUUGAUGUCGGCAGACGAGUCACACAGAAGAUCCCUCCCAGCAUAUUUUGGAGAUCUCAGGUGUACAUCGACCAUCCUGUACAUUUGAAAUUUAAUGUUUCAUUGGGAAAAUCAGCUCUGGUUGGGAUUUAUGGACGAAAAGGACUCCCACCUUCGCACACCCAGUUUGACUUUGUUGAGCUUCUGGACGGACGGAGGCUGCUAAGUCAGGAAGCCAGGAAUCUAGAAGGACCCCAGCGACAGCCAAAGGGAUUUGUGCCGCCAGCCAGCCAUGAAACAGGAUUUAUUCAGUAUCUGGAUUCUGGAAUGUGGCACCUGGCCUUUUACAACGAUGGAAAAGAAUCCGAGUUGGUCUCCUUUCUCACCACCACUAUUGAAUCGGUGGAGAACUGUCCCAGCAACUGUUACGGAAACGGGGACUGCAUUUCUGGAACGUGCCAUUGUUUCCUCGGGUUUUUGGGGCCUGAUUGCGGACGAGCGUCUUGCCCAGUGUUGUGCAGUGGGAACGGACAAUACAUGAAAGGACGUUGCUUGUGUCACAGCGGGUGGAAAGGAGCCGAGUGCGACGUCCCGACCAAUCAGUGUGUCGACGUUUCUUGCAACAGCCAUGGGACAUGCAUCAUGGGAACCUGCAUUUGUAACCCGGGCUACAAGGGAGAGAGUUGUGAAGAAGUGGACUGCAUGGACCCCACUUGCUCAGGACGUGGCGUCUGUGUGAGAGGGGAAUGCCACUGCUCCGUGGGCUGGGGAGGGGCCAACUGUGAGACCCCGAGAGCCACUUGUCUGGAUCAGUGUUCGGGCCAUGGAACCUUCCUGUCCGAAACCAGCCUCUGCACCUGCGAUCCCAACUGGACCGGGCACGACUGUUCCACAGAGAUCUGCGCAGCCGACUGUGGGGUACACGGCACUUGCGUUGGGGGCUCCUGCCGCUGCGAAGAGGGCUGGAUGGGGGCGGCUUGCGAUCAGCGAGCGUGUCACCCCCGCUGCAACGAACACGGGACCUGUCGGGACGGCAAGUGCGAAUGCAGCCCCGGCUGGAACGGAGAGCAUUGCACCAUCGGUAAGAGGAAGAAGUUGGGCAAGAAAGCAAAAAGGGGAUGCCCCGGGUUGUGUAACGGCAACGGUAGGUGCACACUGGACAUGAAUGGGUGGCACUGUGUCUGCCAGCUGGGCUGGAGAGGGACAGGCUGUGACACGUCCAUGGAGACCGCAUGUGGAGACGCAAAAGACAACGAUGGAGAUGGGUUAGUGGACUGCAUGGACCCCGACUGCUGCUUUCAGUCUCUGUGCCAGACCAACACGCUCUGCUUGGGGUCUCCAGACCCCCUGGACAUAAUACAGGAGAUUCAGAUCCCCAUGUCCCAACAGAAGCUCUACUCUUUCUAUGAUCGGGUCAAGUUUCUGGUUGGCAAGGAUAGCACGCACGUCAUUCCUGGAGAGAAUCCGUUCAGCGGAGGGCACCCUUGUGUCAUUCGUGGGCAGGUGAUGACAGCGGAUGGGACCCCUCUGGUUGGCGUGAACAUCAGUUUUGUCAACAAUCCUCUGUUUGGCUACACCAUCAGCAGACAAGAUGGCAGUUUCGACCUAGUCACCAAUGGCGGGAUAGCCAUCGUUCUGCGUUUCGAGCGGGCGCCCUUCAUCACUCAGGAUCACACCCUCUGGCUACCCUGGAACCACUUCUUCGUCAUGGAGACCAUCGUCAUGCGACACGAAGAAAACGACAUCCCCAGCUGCGAUCUGAGCAACUUUGCCCGGCCCAACCCUGUGGUGUCUCCCACUCCGCUCACCGCCUUUGCCAGCUCCUGUUCCGAGCGAGGCCCCAUCGUGCCCGAAAUCCAGGCCUUACAAGAAGAGAUUAAAAUCUCAGGGACUAAAAUCAAGCUCAGCUACCUGAGCAGCCGUACGCCUGGCUACAAAUCGGUCCUGAAGAUCAGCUUAACCCAUCCCACCAUCCCUUUCAACCUUAUGAAAGUCCACCUCAUGGUUGCGGUGGAAGGGCGCCUCUUCAGAAAGUGGUUUGCUGCAGCUCCAGACCUCUCUUACUACUUCAUCUGGGACAAGACGGACGUCUACAAUCAGAAGGUCUAUGGGUUAUCCGAAGUCUUCGUCUCAGUGGGAUACGAAUACGAAUCGUGCCCGGAUUUGAUCCUGUGGGAGAAACGGACAGCGGUGCUUCAGGGUUACGAAAUAGACGCUUCGAAACUUGGAGGAUGGUCUCUGGACAAGCAUCAUGCGCUUAACAUCCAAAGUGGUAUCCUGCACAAAGGAAAUGGGGAAAACCAAUUCAUCUCCCAGCAACCCCGAGUUAUAGGGAGCAUCAUGGGGAACGGACGCCGAAGAAGCAUCUCCUGCCCGAGUUGCAACGGCCUGGCCGACGGCAACAAACUCCUGGCACCUGUUGCCCUGACCUGCGGCUCAGACGGCAGCCUGUAUGUCGGGGACUUCAACUACAUCCGAAGGAUCUUCCCUUCGGGGAACGUCACCAAUAUCUUGGAGUUAAGAAAUAAAGAUUUCAGGCAUAGUCACAGCCCAGCUCAUAAAUAUUACCUGACCGCCGACCCCACCUCUGGAUCCAUCUACCUCUCGGAUACCAGCAGCCGUCGUAUCUUCAAGAUCAAGUCAACGACAGUGAUCAAGGACGUUGUGAAGAACUCAGAAGUGGUAGCCGGGACAGGAGACCAAUGCCUUCCGUUCGAUGACACCCACUGCGGAGAUGGCGGGAAAGCAACCGAAGCCACCCUAACAAGCCCCAGGGGCAUCACGGUGGACAAGUUUGGGUUUAUUUAUUUUGUGGACGGUACAAUGAUCCGACGUGUGGACCAAAAUGGAAUAAUCUCAACGGUCCUUGGUUCUAAUGACCUGACGUCCACCAGACCGCUGAGCUGUGACUCAGUCAUGGAUAUCUCUCAAGUUCGUUUGGAGUGGCCCACCGAUCUGGCCGUCAACCCAAUGGACAAUUCCCUCUACGUUCUCGACAACAACGUCGUGUUGCAGAUCUCCGAAAACCACCAGGUGCGCAUCGUGGCGGGCCGGCCAAUGCACUGCCAAGUCCCAGGGAUCGACCACUUCCUCCUGAGCAAGGUAGCCAUCCACGCCACCUUGGAAUCCGCCACGGCGGUGGCGGUCUCGCACAGUGGCGUCCUAUACAUCGCGGAGACCGAUGAGAAGAAGAUCAACCGGAUACGACAGGUCACUACAAACGGCGAGAUUUCGCUGGUCGCCGGAGCCCCCAACGGCUGCGAUUGUAAGAACGACGCCAACUGCGAUUGCUUUUCCGGGGACGAUGGCUACGCCAAGGACGCCAAGCUGAAUGCGCCUUCCUCCCUCGCGGUAUGCGCAGACGGGGAGUUGUACAUGGCCGAUCUUGGGAACAUCCGGAUCCGUUUUAUCCGGAAGAACAAACCUUUUCUGAACACCCAGAACCUGUACGAAUUAUCCUCGCCCAUCGAUCAGGAACUCUACCUGUUUGACGCCAGUGGCAAGCACGUUUUCACCCAGAGCCUCCCGACUGGAGAUUACCUGUACAAUUUCACCUACACGGGCGACGGGGACAUCGCCCUCGUGACUGACAACAAUGGAAAUUUGGUGAAUAUCCGGAGAGAUUCGACCGGGAUGCCACUGUGGCUGGUGGUGCCAGAUGGCCAGGUUUAUUGGCUCACGAUGGGCACCAACAGCGCCCUCAAGAGUGUGACUGCGCAGGGCCAAGAGGUAGCCAUGAUGACCUAUCAUGGCAACUCGGGACUCCUAGCUACCAAGAGCAACGAAAACGGGUGGACCACAUUUUACGAGUAUGACAGCUUUGGACACCUCACUAACAUCACUUUCCCAACCGGUCAAGUCACCACUUUCCGGAGCGAUACGGACAGCUCCAUCCACGUCCAGAUUGAGACCUCCAGCAAGGACGACGUCACGAUCACCACCAACCUUUCAGCGUCAGGGGCCUACUACACCCUCCUGCAAGAUCAAGUGCGCAAUAGCUACUACAUCGGAGCAGAUGGCUCUCUCCGCCUGAUGUUGGCUAAUGGCAUGGAAGUGGCUCUCCAGACCGAGCCCCAUCUCCUGGCGGGCACCGUAAACCCCACCGUGGGUAAGAGGAACGUGACCCUGCCUAUCGACAACGGUCUCAACCUGGUAGAGUGGAGACAACGGAAAGAACAAUCCAGAGGCCAGAUCACUGUGUUCGGACGCAGGCUGAGGGUUCAUAACCGAAAUUUGUUGUCCCUCGACUUCGACCGCGUGACACGAACCGAGAAGAUUUACGACGACCAUCGGAAAUUCACCCUGCGCAUUCUCUACGACCAGGCGGGACGGCCUACGCUCUGGUCUCCUAGCAGUCGUCUGAACGGAGUGAACGUCACCUAUUCCUCCGGGGGGCACAUAGCUGGGAUCCAAAGGGGUACUAUGUCCGAAAGAAUGGAAUACGACCAAGCAGGCAGAAUUACAUCCAGAAUGUUUGCGGAUGGCAAAUCUUGGACCUUCACGUAUUUAGAGAAGUCCAUGGUCCUGCUUCUUCACAGUCAACGGCAGUACAUUUUCGAAUUCGAUAAGAAUGACCGCUUGUCGUCAGUUACGAUGCCCAACGUAGCUCGGCAGACCCUGGAGACACUCCGAUCAAUUGGCUAUUACAGGAAUAUCUACAGGCCUCCAGAAGGCAAUGCCACGGUGGUAGAAGACUUCAACGAGGAAUGGCAACUCCUUCACACCUAUUACCUGGGGACCGGAAGACGGGUCAUCUACAAGUACGGCAAGCUCUCCAAACUGGCAGAGAUGCUUUAUGACACCACCAAGAUCAGCUUCAGCUACGAUGAGACCGCAGGCAUGCUGAAGACCAUCAACCUGCAGAACGAAGGGUUCACCUGUACGAUCAGGUACCGCCAGAUCGGGCCGCUCAUUGACCGCCAGAUUUUCCGCUUCACGGAAGAAGGCAUGGUGAACGCCCGUUUCGAUUACAACUACGACAACAGCUUCCGGGUGACCAGCAUGCAAGCCGUGAUCAACGAAACCCCGUUGCCGAUUGACCUCUACCGUUAUGACGACGUGUCGGGCAAAACCGAGCAAUUUGGCAAAUUCGGGGUGAUCUAUUACGACAUCAACCAGAUCAUCACCACGGCGGUCAUGACCCACACAAAGCAUUUUGAUGCGUACGGCAGGAUGAAGGAAGUUCAGUACGAAAUAUUCAGGUCCCUCAUGUAUUGGAUGACGGUGCAGUAUGACAACAUGGGGCGAGUGGUGAAAAAGGAAUUGAAAGUGGGCCCUUACGCCAACACCACAAGGUACUCGUACGAAUACGACGCCGACGGCCAGUUGCAGACAGUGUCCAUCAACGACAAACCGCUCUGGAGAUAUAGUUAUGACCUCAAUGGGAAUCUCCAUUUGCUGAGUCCCGGCAACAGCGCCCGUCUGACGCCACUGAGGUACGACCUCCGGGACCGGAUUACAAGACUGGGUGACGUGCAGUACAAGAUGGACGAAGAUGGCUUCUUGAGGCAACGGGGGAACGACAUUUUUGAGUACAACUCCGCGGGGCUUCUCAUCAAGGCCUACAACAAAGGCAACAAAUGGAGCGUGAAGUACCAUUAUGACGGGCUUGGAAGGAGAGUCUCCAGCAAAACCACCCACGGUCAUCAUCUGCAGUUCUUCUAUGCGGACCUCACCAACCCCACCAAGGUCACCCACCUGUACAACCACUCCAGCUCCGAGAUCACCUCUCUCUAUUACGACCUUCAGGGUCACCUCUUUGCCAUGGAGGUGAGCAGCGGAGAUGAAUUCUACAUCGCUUGCGACAACAUUGGGACGCCCUUGGCGGUCUUCAGCGGAACGGGCUUGAUGAUCAAGCAGAUCCUUUACACGGCUUACGGAGAGAUCUACAUGGAUACCAACCCAAACUUCCAAAUUAUCAUUGGUUACCACGGAGGCCUGUAUGAUCCCCUCACCAAACUCAUACACAUGGGGAAGAGAGACUACGACGUUCUAGCCGGCCGGUGGACCAGCCCGAACCACGGCAUCUGGAAACGUCUCAGCCACAGCAACAUCAUGCCGUUCAACCUUUACAUGUUCAAAAACAACAAUCCGAUCAGUAACGCCCAGGAUAUAAAAUGCUACAUGACAGAUGUCAACAGCUGGCUGCUUACCUUUGGUUUCCAGCUGCACAACGUUAUCCCUGGCUAUCCUAAACCUGACGUGAAUGCUAUGGAGCCAUCCUACGAGCUCACCCGCACCCAGCUGAAAACCCAGGAAUGGGACAAUAGCAAGUCGAUCUUAGGGGUGCAGUGCGAAGUCCAGAAACAGCUGAAGGCCUUCGUCACGUUGGAGAGCUUCGAACAGAUCUACACAUCGAGCAUCGCCGGGUGCCAGGAAGUCCAGGAGAACCGCCAUUUUGCCUCGGGAGACUCCAUCAUCGGCAAGGGGGUCAAGUUUGCCAUGAAAGAUGGCCGGGUGGCCACUGAUAUCAUCAGUGCGGCGAACGAGGAUGGGCGGCGAGUCGCCGCCAUCCUCAACAAUGCCUAUUAUCUGGAGAACUUGCACUUCACCGUCGACGGCACGGACACCCACUAUUUUGUCAAGCCAGGGUCGUCAGAAAGCGACUUGUCCAUCCUCGGCCUCAGCGGCGGGCGGCGGACCUUGGAGAAUGGUGUGAACGUCACCGUCUCCCAAAUCAACGCCGUGCUCAGCGGGAGGACUAGACGCUACACGGACAUCUCGCUCCAGUUUGGAGCCCUGUGCCUCAACACCCGAUACGGGACCACGUUGGACGAGGAGAAGACACGCGUCUUGGAACUGGCCAGGCAACGGGCCGUGGCCCACGCCUGGGCCCGGGAGCAACAGAGACUGCAGGACGGGGAGGAGGGUAGCCGCUCCUGGACAGAGGGGGAGAAGCAACAACUGCUGAACACGGGACUCGUUCAGGGGUACGACGGCUACUUCGUCAUCUCCGCCGAACAAUACCCAGAACUGUCCGACAGCGCAAACAAUAUCCAUUUUAUGCGACAGAGCGAGAUGGGGAGAAGGUGACAGAGAGGGGAUGAUGCGUUAACUUCUUGCCAAAGACAGCUGC